AUGGCCGAGGCGAGCAAAGGGUGCGGCGGAGGGAGGGACAAGGUCGCGAGCCGGCGGUCGACUCGGUUUGCGGGCGCUGAGCUCGCUGCUGGCGUCGCGUCGGGUGUCGCGUCGCGGCUGGUUGUCGCUCCGCUCGACGUGCUCAAGCUGCGACUGCAGGUGCAGACUCGGGUAGCUUCCGAAGCUCGCGGCAAGCAUGUGUACUCAUCGAUGCGACACGCGGUGGUCCAGAUCGUCAAGACCGAAGGAUUGGUCGGGCUCUGGCGCGGCAAUGUGGCCGGCAAUCUGAUGUACAUGGGCUACGCGCCCAUCAACUUCUUUGUCUACCACCAGAUCCGGGUUGCGGCCUCGGACAACGACGCCGACCCGUCGCAGCCGCUGCCGUGGAUGUCAUCGCUUGCUGCCGGCGCCCUGUCUGCGUCGGUGGCCACGCUCGCCACCUAUCCGCUGGAUCUGAUGCGGACCCUGUUUGCCACCCAGGGCGAGCCCAAGGUCUACCACACCCUGCUCGAGUCGACGAGGAUCAGAAUCUCCACCGAUGGUCUGCUUGGCCUCUACCGCGGCCUCGGUAUCACUCUUGUCCAGACGGUGCCGUACGUGGCAAUCCAGCUGACUCUCUACGAGGAGGUCAAGGCCCGCGCCUUUGCCCACGACAACUUCCGCAUGCCGAUGUGGGCGUCUGCUGCUGUGGGUGCCUCAUCCGGUGCACUCGCCAAGUUUGCCGUCUAUCCGCUUGACCUCGUCCGCCGACGCAUGCAGGUUCAGGGCCUGGAACGAUCGGCCGAGUACGGAGGGCGACUUCCUUCGUACACAUCGUCAUGGCAGUGCCUCCGCGCCACACUCCACCUCUCAGGCGUCCGCGGUCUGUACCAGGGCCUACUCCCAGCCAUGUUGAAGGUCAUCCCGGCCUCUAUUGUCACCUUUGUUGCGUACGAGGAGUCGAUCAAGCUCUUCCGGCGGCUCGAUCGGGCGUGA